GAGAAGGUGAAGGGAGAAAACACAGAGCUGUACCCCCCUCCUCUGUACACUAAAAGGUGCGUUACAACCCCGCACCUGAAAGUAUUAAUAAAUCCAAAUUGGGUGCGUUUGAUUUGUUUUUCUGCGUAUUUUUCAAGCUAAAAACGGAGCCGGAGCGUGCUUCUGUCACUGUGAUAUAGGUCGCUGUCGGUAGCUGCUGCCUGAGAGGGUCGGACAUGCUUCUCCCACUGCCCGCCUUGUGUGUUAGCCUGCUGUAAACUUUUACAGCCCCUUUUUUUCUCCACGUUUUGAGCAUUUGGACCCCAACAGGAACCCUUCUCUUCCUCUGGAAAGGCAACUUGACGUCCUCUGCGUCGCUCUUUGUUGCUUUUUUUGUGCCUCGCAGAUGCACCGAGACUGUGGCUCAGGAGGCGACUCUAGAUCCCAAUUUCCCCAAGAUGCACCUGUGAACUGAGGGCGGAAAAGAUGCCGCGUACGAAGCAGAACAACCCGAAGAAUCUCAAAGAUAAAAUCGAAGAGGCACAGAAAGAGCUUAAAGACCCAAAAGGCUCACAGAAAGGGACAUCUGCAAGUGAACGAAGAAAUGCAGAUAACAUAAAAGGCCUGAAGCGGAAAAAGGUUGUUGCAGAGAAUCGGCUCGAUAAAAUUCCAAAAUCACCAGUAAAGAAGCCCCUGCAGCUUAAAACUUCCGAAGCUGCACCCCACAGAGCACCAUCCAGGGAAACGACGCCUUCACGCUGCUCCUCUUCUAACAGUCCAUCGAACAAUCCUUCAUUAUCACCCAGUGGGAAAGGAAGUCCACAAUAUGCCCAACCACUUACAGCAUCCCCGGCCAAGGGGCCAUCCUCUACUGACAUUGAAAGGAUAAAGCAGGAAGAAACAUCUCAGAGACUACCAUCACUUGAAUCCUCUGAUGGUGGGGAGGGCUCUUUGAUUACUGCUACAGAGGGUCAGCCUAAAGACAGCAGGAGCUCCAGCUUGGAAGGAGGUCCUUACCACAGCAGUGCUUCACUUGAUGUUCUGCUUAAGGCCAUGGAGCCUGACUUUAGUACUCUGGCUGAGAGGAAAAACUCCUUGCAUGCCAUUGGGAAACCAGCCUCCACUCUUAAUGCUCAACCUAGUGAUGAGUUGACAACAAUACCAGCUGUCAAUGUUGGUCUACGGACCCAACCUCCUCAUAUGCAGACUUAUUAUAUUGACAAACAGGGCAACUUUAUUGGCAUUGCAGCACCACUACAAGGAAAUGUACAGACAUCCUCACAGGGUACCCCAAUGCAGUCCUCUCAGCUUGCUACACCACAUUUUAUGCCUGUUGCAUCAAACUCUGAAAAACCUAGCUUGCACAUGAGCUUUAAUACUGGACCAUCCACUAUAACUCAUGCACCUGUCCCUUCAGGCUCCAAUGCUUUGCCACAAAGCCAACCCCCAGUUGUGCACACAUGCCAGUCCCUCUCAGCAAGUGUUCCAAGCACCAUUCAGGUCCCAGUUACACCUGGCAGCAACCAAGUUCAGAUGACCACUGUGAUGAACUUUGGUUCUGAACAGGUUUACAAAGACCAAAAGCCUAAGAAGCCGGGAAAGUAUGUUUGUGAAUACUGCAGCCGGCCAUGUGCAAAACCAAGUGUACUCCUCAAACAUAUUAGGUCUCACACAGGAGAGAGACCUUUUCCAUGUGUUACUUGUGGCUUUUCUUUCAAAACUAAGAGCAACCUGUAUAAGCACAAGAAAUCACAUGCACAUGCUAUAAAGCUGGGUCUUAUUGCACGAUCUGAAUCUGGAGGUGGGUCACUAUCUCAAGAGUCUGAUAAAGCCCUUGGUACACAUUCAGAGGCAGAAGAGAGUGGGGACAGUGAUGAGGAAAGUAGCACUGCAGAUUUGGACCCUGACUCAUCACAGAGCAGCAUGGCAGCUUUAUCUGAAAAUAGUUUACAGAGUGCAGGUACAGCCCAAGCAAGCCAAAGGGAGGCUGACUCAUUGGCUCUGUUGGAGUCAAACAAACUCGCCCCUGGUCAGAGGGCUCAUGAGCCUAAAGUGACGGCUGCGCUACCAAAAGUUGUUGUAUACCCAGUUAAUGUUUCUCCUAUGAGGGCAGAUAGUCCAAGAGUUACAGGUGCAGCGCCUGAGCAAGCUGCCGCACAACGUCAAAGAGAGUUCCAGACUGCCAACCUGAGAUCAAACAUCACGGUCCUGUCAUCUCUGAAAGAGGUAGAUGGUACAAAUACCUCCCUAGAUACUGUGAGUGAAGAUGAAGACCUACAAUGCAAGUCUCCGAUGUUAGGUGGGCAUGCUCAGCUUCAAAGGCAACAAGCAACAGACUUUUCUCAACAGCAACAGAUAAAGUGUCUACUAAGUCCACGCAGUUUGGGAAGCACAGAUUCUGGAUACUUUUCACGUUCUGAAAGUGCUGACCAAGCAAUGAGCCCACCCAGUCCAUUUGUUAAGAUAACUCCACCGGUAGAUAUUGACAUUGCCAAGAAUAAUCUCCCCAAUGUUGCUCCUGUGGUUGGCACAGUAAUGCAUGUGGUGGCUGAGCAAAAGCCAAGGGCCUCAGAGGGGCAGAUGCGUCCACCAUUAGAAGCCAAAGCACUGUCUUUGGAAGAACGGAUUUCUAAGUUGAUAUCUGAUAACGAGGCAGUGGUUGAUAAUAAGCAGCUGGACAGUGUUAAGCCAAGGAGGACUUCUCUGUCAAGGAGAGGCAGCAUAGACUCCCCCAAAUCCUACAUAUUCAAAGACUCCUUUCAGUUUGAUCUGAAACCAAUUGGAAGAAGGUCAAGUUCAAGCUCAGACAUCCCUAAGUCCCCAUUCACUCCUACAGAUAAAUCAAAGCCAGUAUUUCUCCUCUCUGUACCUUCCCAAUACCCACCAAUGGAUUGUUUGCCAAUUACAAGGAGUAACUCAAUGCCUACUACACCAGGACACUCUGCUCUUCCUGUCAAUGUUCCACCCCUUCCUCACCCAUUGCGAAUUUGUCAGUCAUUCGAUGAAAAAAUUAGUUCACUGAAUGAUGAUGUUUUUUCAUCAGCCCCAUCAACCCCAAAUCCAGCAAUACAUUCUCGUACCUUAGUCAGACAAGCAGCGGUGGAGGACUCCUCUACAAGUGAGGGUCAUAGCCUACAUACAGUGCGCUCUAUGGAUGAGGGCUAUCAAGGCCCAAGUAUUUCCUCAGAACUGAUGCAAAGAAGUAGAUCUUUUGAGCACAACCAGGACAGAAACAAAAAGCCUCAACAGAAUAAAGGUACAAUGUAUGAGUGUGAAACAUGUCGUAACCGGUACAGAAAAUUGGAGAACUUUGAAACUCAUAAGAAAUUCUAUUGCUCUGAACUUCAUGGUCCAAAAAACAAGCCAGUCAAUGUAAAAGAGACUGAUCAAGAUGUCUUUCAAGUUAACAUAAUGCAGCCCAUAGUCUGUAGAUCAACUACUGGCUCGGGUAUACUUGAUCAACAGACAUCUUUUAGAAAGAGAAGGAUAAUGAAAAGUGUUGGAGAUGAGGAUGAUCAGUCUCCUACUGACACCAUUCCACCUUGUUCUGUAAGUUUUGAACUACCAUCUGCUGCUGCAAGUCAAACUUUUUCUCAUAAUAUAAUAGUGGACAUUCAGCCUAAAAACAACCAGUCAAAGCUACCUCAGAUUCAACUUGUAGCAAGAGGUCUCAAUACUGCUGAUUCCAGAUUGUCACCAAUUCGAGAGACCCAAAUAAGCGCCUCUACCAAGGGAGACCUGCAAAGGCAAGGCAGUGGUACUUCAGUCAUUAGACACACCAAUUCUCUUAGCAGACCCAAUUCAUUUGAGACAGAGUCGAUUGACAGGGCCUCUCCUGUUGACAGCAUGGAGAAAGAUCCCCUAAACAAGCUCAAAACAGAUGCAAAAGCAAAUGUCACAUCUGAUAGCCACCAUGAAAAAAUAGCCAAACCCAAGAGUGUUGACUAUGAAAAACACCAAAAAGAACAGAGCGGUGAUGGUGCAGCAGCAGCUGUUGGUGAAAACUCAACCCCUGUCCAUCAUUCACGUCUGGUUCGGCAAAAUAAUAUUCAGGUUCCUGAGAUUCUGGUCACGGAGGAACCAGAUAGAGAACAUGAAACGCAUACCAUUGAGCCAUCAGAUAAGCCGACAGAUCAGUUCAGUUGGCCUCAGAGAAGUGAAAGCUUGUCAAAGUUACCAGCUGAGAAACUUCCACCUAAAAAGAAAAGGAUUCGUCUGGCUCAAAUGGACCAUUCCUCAGGUGAAUCUAGUUUUGAGUCCAGCCUCUCAAGAAGCCUGAGCAGAGACAGUAGUCUUUCUCGUUGUUCCAGUGUCUCAGCCUCUUUUGACAGAGAAGAACCAUAUAGAUCAGAGAGUCCUUCUAGAGGGGAGUAUGUCAGCAAUGUUCAAGAGUCUCAAGGUUUACCAACAGUCUUCAACACUCUCGGAGUGCCAGGAAUUAUGAGGCGGGCUGCAUCGGAACAAAUUACUUGUACUCAACCAUCCAUUGAAAUUUCAUGUGACUAUCGUAGCAAGUCCUUUGACUGUGGCAAUGUAUCUCCCAGCAGAUCUCUGUCACCUGUUGGUCAACCAAAAAUUGGGCAAACCCAAGCUCCGCAGGUACCACUUAUUGAAAGGAGGCGAGGGCCUUUAGUUCGCCAAAUGUCUUUAAAGAUAGGCCCAGAAAGUCAUCAGCCUGUUCGGAAGACUGUCAUUCCUUUAGAUAAACCUGCCAUUUCAAAUGUUAGCUCUCUGACUCAGAAUAGAGGCCAUCAGAUUCACAUUGCUAAUAGGCAGACCAUGGCUCAGCCUUUUAUUCUACAUACUGGAGAGCUGCCUCUGCAAAAGAACGAGCAAAUUGUGCAAAGCAUUCAUUUGGGUAGCCCAACUCAGCCGCCUCAAGUCCAUGGCCUUCCACACCCUUGGCAUCAAACCUCAAGGGUACAAAUAUGCCAAAAGGGACCACAACCACAGAGCCAGAUCUUAGUUUGUCGCCAGAAUGUCCAAAACAAACCAGCUGACUCUGAAGAAAAGCAAAGUUUUGUGCCCAAAUACCAACUAACAUCUCCUGCUCUGAGAGCAAGCCAAACAUUUUCAUUUGCCAACACUCAAGCAACUCAGAUUGCCCUACCAGUUUUGACAAUACCUAUAGCUAAUCCUGUUUUGAAUAUUUCUAAGUCUUCAGAUGUGAUGAAAAAUGUUUAUGUUGCUCAACCAAAUCAACAGGCCUCUGAGAUAAAGACACAGACUGUUGUUUUAUCGGGUGAACAGCAAAGGGACCUUUUUGAUCAGACCCAAGCGGGUGCUAUACCGUUGCCUCAAAUUCUUAUAACUCAUGAGCAGAUGCAUUCUGCUCCCUCUGUGUCAAACAAAAACAGCCUUCUAUCCUCUCACAAUGUAGGUAGUGAUACUCAAGCCCUACCUACAGCAAAGGAUAGGAUUCAAACAGUUAGCACCCCUGUCCAUUCAGGAGAGCGUGCUCCUUCUCUUGGGUCUUUACAUUGUGCACAGAAACUGGCAUCAGUAACACUAUGCCCACAGCAGGAGCCCACAGCCUCAAGUAAACGAAUGUUGUCACCUGCAAACAGCUUGGACAUCUACAUGGAAAAGCACCAGAAACGGGCUAAGGAUGAGCAUGGUGUGGCCUGCUUAACAGAUGGGAGGUCAGUCAAUUAUCUUAACACCAAGAUGUCAGAGGUUACCCGACAGAGGAAGCUAACACUUGUCAGGCAGGUUUGCACAACUGAGCCUGUGGACAGUCCCAUCGAAACUGAGGCCCCUCCUCUGCCACAAGUUAAAACAGAUGGAGAGAAAGAGUCGGAGGCUACUGAUGAAGUUAAGCCAAUGUCACCUGACAGUACUGGACUGGAAAAGAACACUAGUACUGUUAUUCAUGAGGAAGAAGGACCUGCCGCAAAAUCUACAUCAUGCAACCAGGUCAGCUCCUUGCCAGCCAGCGCUUCUCUGAAGCCUCAAGAAAAAGUUGAUGAACAGAAAUGGUCUCCUGCCAAAUCUCCUAUUCGACCUUCCAGUUUCCAUGGUGGGCAAGUGAAACUGACCACUUCUGUGUCUGUGGUUAACACAAAGGACAGUCAUCGUCUUUCUUUCCCUAGCCUGAAAACUGCCACCACUUUUACCUGGUGUUUCUUAAUGAAGAGGAAACCUCUCCACGUCCCUCAGACUGACCUGAAGACUUCAGCAUAUGCUGUCUGGACAGUCAGCCCCAACAACCCCAACCCACUUGGACUGCCCACCAAGGUGGUGAUGUCUCUGUUUGACUCCAAGCAGAGCUCGAAGAAAAUACACUACACUUCGGCCAUAAGAACAAAUGAGAAGUCUGAUAUCUUGUCUUACUCAGGCAAGCUGAAAGAUGUCAUGCUAAGGGUGCCAAUAACCCAGAAGUCUAUUUCAGCUGAAACCAGAAAUAAAGUGCCACCUGAAACUCAGGCCAGCAAUGAGUCAGACAAGGACUUGGCAUUAAAAACAGAGCCAAGACGGGUCAAAAUAUUUGAUGGCGGAUAUAAAUCUAAUGAGGAGUAUGUUUAUGUGCGUGGGCGUGGACGUGGUAAAUACAUCUGUGAGGAAUGUGGGAUCCGCUGCAAGAAGCCCAGCAUGCUGCGCAAACAUAUUCGUACCCACUCCGAUGUCCGUCCUUACCACUGUGUCCAUUGUAACUUCUCCUUUAAGACAAAAGGGAAUCUGACCAAGCACAUGAAAUCCAAGGCCCACAGUAAGAAAUGCCUGGAGAUGGGGGUUCCUGAGGGUCUCAUUGAGGAUCAGGAUGCAGAGGACUCAGGAGACCGUAGUCAGGUGAGUAGUGCUGACCGUCAGGAUUCAGAUGGUGAUGACUCUGAUGGCCCUGACGAUGAGGAGAAUGAUGACAACGAGGAGGAAGAAGAGGACAGCCAGGCAGAGUCUGGCCUGUCUACCAACCCUUCGGUUUCUGCCAGCCCGCAGCAUAUCCCUUGCAAAGAGGCUGAAGUCCCUCCUAGCACCCUCCUAGCCCAGAUGUCAAUCAGCUCAGUCUCCCCAUCUCUCCCCCAGCCUCAAGCUCCUGAAUCCCACGCAUCAGACUCAGAGUCUGUCCCCAUGAUGAGCCCUGUGUCCCUGAGCAAGCAGAUAUCCAUCUCUGGCUCUUGCUACAGCCAAAUGCCCCUCCCUUACUCUCCUCCACCUGUUGCUGCCACAUCGGACUCCUACACCUCAGACACAGAGUCAGUGCACAUGAUGAGCCCAGUGUCACCAUGCAGGCAGAUGUCCAUCGACUAUCCUGACUUUGAGGUUCCCCCUAGUCCCCCAGUGCCAGGCAAGGGCACCAAGCUAGGCCAGGACACCUACUCUACCCCUUCUGCUGUGGUUACAAGUGAAUCUGGUGUACCAGUGGACCGGGGAACUCAGACCUCUUCCUUUGCCUCUCAAGGUCCCAUACUCUUUCCCCCACAGGGACUAUCCCAAACACCAGGAGCACAGCCCCAGACCCACCUAUUCAGUCACCUGCCCCUUCACUCCCAGCAGCCUUCUCGCUCCUCUUAUAGCAUGGUCCCUGUUGGGGGGAUCCAGCUAGUGCCUGCUGGACUGGCAGCCUACUCUACCUUCGUACCAAUACAGGCUGGUCCCGUCCAACUCACCAUUCCAGCAGUGAGCGUCAUUCACAGAAACACAAGCCCAUUACCAGCUCCCAACACUCCACCUCAACCAGAAGGCUUGCAAACCCAGCCCCUUGUGGUCCAAGAACCUCUCAGUAGUGUUGUACCCUGCUUCCCCUUGGGGCAGGUUGCUGGUCUGCAGGCUCAAACAAUACAGCCAGUAGGUCUGGAGACACUUAACCUUAUGGGGCUUGCCAACACAGGCCUAGCAUCCACCCAGCUGCUCCCUCAGCAAGGGCUAACCCUCAAUGCCACCCUUGGGCUUCAAGUAUUGGCAGCCAGUCCAACUUCCCAAAGCAGCACCGGCCCCCAGACUCAUGUCCCAGGUCUGCAGAUACUUAAUAUUGCCCUUCCUGCCAUCAUUCCUUCUCUCAGCCCUCUCUCCACCUUGAGUCCUCUCCCUGGGUCCUCUGAGAGGCAGGGAAGCCCAGAAGCUGCAGGAGCACAGCCAUCUCAAAGUGAACAAGGGCUCGGUUCUUUGCAGAGCUGCAUGCCUGCCUCGCCUCCUGCCCCACUGAAGGUCAGCAGCUCACCAGAACCAAUCUCAGGCAGCAGGGCCAGCCCAGGAGCCAACACUGGAGAGCUCACACAGACUGCUGAGGAAGGAGAAAGAGAUGAAUUCUCACAGAAACAUCCAUCUCCAGCUCUUCAAGGUCGAGAGGAUGCUGCUAAACAGUCACCAGUUGAAGCAGCUAGUGAUCCUGCACAUGCAAGAUCACGGCCAGUGACCAGCUGGCAAAAAGCAAAUGAUGACUAUAAUGAGGCGUCCAGUGAUGAUGAAGACAGACUGGUCAUUGCCACCUGAAAACACCAUGUGGAAAGUUUUUCUUGUUCUCUUUUUGUAAUCUUGUCACUUUGUAAGACUGAAAACACUUUUCAGGGGUUUGUUUCUUUGCAAAUCACCUUUCAAAGCACAGAUGCUGACAUUCAUAUUGUAUGUGCAAUCAUAUGAUGAUUAUGAUGAUGACCAAUCAUUUAUUUUUACUUUUAUUGUCAGCUCCAGAUAAUUUCUUCUUUUUUUUUGUACAUGUUGUAUAGACAAUUGUGCCUUUAUGGAGUUUCUUGUUUAGGAACCUGUAAAUAAUUCCUUACAAAUUCA